AUCCGCGGAAGGAAAUCUUCACAGGUAAUGUCUUAAGAGCGGCGCAUGCGUAGUAAAGACAAUUGAGACAGUAGGCAGGUAAAUAUUCUUUCCGCCGCUUUUAAAUGUGUUUCAUUAUGGAAGAUCUUAUUUUCUGAAUUGCACGUGCGUUUAUUUUAUGUUGUUGCACUUGACAUUCAGCAGGUAGCACUGCCUGAUCAGUGUGAGAACUUAGCAAAUAACAGAAAUAAUGUUUAUGAAACAUAUCAAAGUUUUACUUUUAUUUACAAGUAUUCCUGCUUUAUUUCAAUUAUUAGUCGAAGGUGUGGAAGAUUGUGACGUAGGUAAACAGAGGCGAUGCCGGCAGGUCCUCGUUACGGAGCUCGAUAAGCAGAGUCAUGCAGCCAAAGAUCUCGAACUUCAAUGCAGAAAACUGGAGGACAAUUUAAACUGCAUGGUUCUUCAAAUCAUCAAAUGUCCAACCCCGAAUAAGAGCGGAGAACUCAUCAACAGGGCGUGGAAAUUCAUGCAGGACAACUGUGAUUCUUUUGGAGGUUGGUGGAGUUAUGAUUGCUUUCAUUUGGAAGACAUGAAGAAAUGCGAAAAAAUAUUUGCAUUGAGGGAUGCGCCAACUUCUCAAGCUUCUUGCCGGGAAUACGAUCGUUUUCGCCACUGUACAAGCGAUGUUAUUAAAAAACAAUGCGAUUCUGAGGACAUUCAUUCAAUGGGCAACUACUUACUUGACAGUGCGGGAGACAUGAUUUGGACCUGUCCUCCUCAGCCUGAUCCCAUCAAAUCUCCCAUGGUGGACAAAGGUUUUGUGGGAGUGCUGCCCACACUAGCAGUACCAGCUAUAGCUGAAGAGUCUCAUUUGAGAUCUGUGUACAGUUCUGCCCUCACUGGAGAAUCUCCGUUCGUUAGCGGGUGUAAUGCCAGAGCUACAGAAGAAAUGAGAGGCUGCCUAGAUCGUCAUCAGUAUGAAAGGGACCAAGCACUUGGAGCCCGAGAUGAUGAGGAUCGAUUAAGAAAAGAAUGCUGCGCAACUUGGAAUUACAGACGAUGUUUGCAAAAUGCAGUCAGAAUCCACUGUUACGAUACUCGAGAAGUGGAUGUGCAAUCUGCCAUUGACGUUAUUCCUCACGACAGGGGUUUUCUCUGCCGCAAUCAUUGGAUCUACACCUGUUCUGGAGCAAUUAAUCAUAGGUCAUUGUCUAGUUGGGCCCAUAUAUUAUUAUUUAUUACAAUAUCUAUAUAUGCGUCUGUCAUGUAUUAAACAUAUCUUCAUAGAUCUUGUACAUAGUUUAAUAAAGUUGUGUUUUUAUA